UCGGAGUUGGGACUGGAGGGGGGCGGCAUCGUCUGGCUCCCGGAGGCCCUGCCUGCUCCCGGGUUCUUAACUCCCCCUCUCUGCCGCAGCCCACCCUUCCUUGAGCGGGGAUGACCCUGUCGGGCAGCCUGAGCGCCAACGACAUGUCCGGCCAGACGGUGCUGACGGCCGAAGACGUGGACAUCGACGUGGUGGGCGAGGGCGACGAGGGCCCAGAGGAGCGAGACGGCGGCAGGGGAAGCGGCGAGGCCGAGGGCGGGGGCAGUCCGCCGUCUGGGCUGCAGGCCCAGCUGGCCCUGGACGAGGCAGCCGAGCUGCUGAUGGCCAAGGAGGCGUCCCUGGCGGCGGAGGCGCGCUCAGGCAGCGGCAGCCCCGUCGAGGAGAAAGCGGGCGAAGAGGGCGGCGCGGCGGGAGGAGCGGCGGGUGCGCCGUCGGGGCCUGCGGCGGCAGGCGGCGGCGGGAAGCCGAAGAGCAGCCUGGUGAAGCCGCCCUACUCAUACAUCGCGCUCAUCACCAUGGCCAUCCUGCAGAGCCCGCAGAAGAAGCUGACGCUGAGCGGCAUCUGCGAGUUCAUCAGCAACCGCUUCCCCUACUACCGCGAGAAGUUCCCGGCCUGGCAGAACUCCAUCCGCCACAACCUGUCGCUCAACGACUGCUUCGUCAAGAUCCCCCGCGAGCCCGGCAACCCGGGCAAGGGCAACUACUGGACGCUGGACCCGCAGUCCGAGGACAUGUUCGACAACGGCUCCUUCCUGCGGCGCAGGAAGCGCUUCAAGCGGCACCAGCAGGAGCAGCUGCGCGAGCAGACGGCUCUCAUGAUGCACAGCUUCGGCGCCUACAGCCUGGCCGCCGCCGCCGCCGCCUCCUCGGGCCCCUACGGGCGCGCCUACGGCCUGCCGCCCGCCGCCUACCCGCACCCGGCCGCCCUGCAGUACCCCUACGUGCCACCCGUCGGGCCCCUGCUGCCGCCCGCCGUGCCGCUCCUGCCCUCGGCGGAGCUGGGCCGCAAGGCCUUCAACGCGCAGCUCAGCCCCAGCCUGCAGCUCCAGCUCAGCAGCCUCAGCGCCGCCGCCGCCGCCGCCGCCGCCGCCUCCGGGGCCGCCGUCAAGGCCGAGCCGCCCAGCCGGCCCUCCUUCUCCAUUGAGAACAUCAUCGGCGGCGGAGCCGGCGGUGCGGGCGGCGGGGGGCCGGCGGCCAGCUCCGCGGGCCCCGGCGCGGCCCAGCCCUUCCUCCGCCCGCCAGUCACCGUCCAGUCCGGCCUACUGGCCCACCAGCCCCUCUCGCUGGCCCGCAGCACGGCAGCCAUCGCGCCCAUCCUUAGCGUGCCCACGAACAUGAUCGCCGGACAGUUCCUGCAGCCCGCCGCCUCUGCCGCCCCGGUGCAGGCCAAAUGGCCGGCGCAGUAGGGGCGGGCGCCGCCAGCCCCGGGACUCUCCCGCCGCGCAGCCCAGGAGGGAGGCCGCCUGUGCAGGUAAAGCCAGUGCGCAGCGCCGCGACGACGGCCGGGCUCCCCUUUAUGCCGGGAGGAGGCGGAAAGGACUGACUUUCCCUUCGCGCUUUGUAUUUUUUUAGAAACGGUCCAGCCUGGGGGAAGGAUUUCCAAACCAAGAACUGUAGGAUGAGGAGCCCCGAGCUUUCACUUUUGUUGAAGGUUCUUAGUCUUCUCCGUAGUUUUCUCCGAAAUAGACCCAAACUCACCUGAACGAAAAGGGAAGGCGUUUUAAAACAUGACAAAGAAUUGAGCUGGGGGGCAAAAAUUGGGAAAAACCCGAGAGAAAAUAUCCCUGCCGUUCUAUCAAGAGGAGCCUGUUUAUAUAUGAAUGAAUAUAUGUAUUCUAAAUGUUAUUCCUUCGUGUUGUACACAGCUUUGUA